CACCCACCACCACACCACACCACAAUACUUCGCUCAAUCCCACUCUUCAACAACGCGUCCGAAGCUACGCCAGAACAGCAAUCCACUUAGCAGAGAGGAGGAUACAAGAAGCAGCAUGUCGGCGAUGAUGGCGUUGGCUCCGGUGCGCAUCACUGGCCUACGAGCAGCAGCAGCAGCAGCAGCUUCGUCUCGUCGAGCGGUCAAGAUCGGGGCGGCGGCAGCGACAGCACGGCUGGGCAAAACGGCGUCUCUUGCCACCGUCAGCUCGCUCGGCAUCGACAAGGCAACGGGCAUCACCAAGCCGUCCACCGUACACCACAACCUGCCCUACCCGCAAGUGUUCGAGCACGAGACGAAGAACAAGGAGGGGGAGUCGACCGCCAACGGUACGUUCUGCGUGUCCACCGGCCAGUUCACUGGGCGGUCUCCCAAGGACAAGUACUUCGUUCAGCAGGCACCUUCGGACAAGACCCUCGACUGGGGAAAGAUCAACGUGGGCGUGGCCCCCAAGGUGUUCGAGAACAUUUACAACAAGGCCGUCAAGCACUACAACGACAACGUCGACAGCAUGUACGUGUUCGACGGAUACUGCGGCACAAGCCCCAAGUCACGCAAGAACGUACGCAUCAUCACGGAGUUGGCGUGGCAGCACCACUUCGCCAAGAACAUGUUCAUCCGGCCGGAAACGGAGGCGGAGACGGCGGGGUUCAAGCCCGACUUCACCAUCAUCAACGCGUGCAAGGUGGUCAACGAUGACUACAAGGAGCUUGGGCUUAACUCGGAGGUGGCGGUGGUGUUCAACGUCGAGGAGAGGAAGGCGGUAAUCACCGGCACAUGGUACGGGGGGGAGAUGAAAAAAGGGAUCUUCUCCAUGAUGAACUACUGGCUGCCCCUGGAUGGCGUGAUGGCGAUGCACUGCUCAGCGAACAAGGGCAAGAACGGCGACACGGCUCUGUUCUUCGGGCUCUCGGGCACCGGCAAGACCACCCUCUCCGCAGACCCGGAGCGAUACCUCAUCGGCGACGAUGAGCAUGGUUGGGAUGACGACGGCAUCUUCAACUUCGAGGGCGGCUGCUACGCCAAGACCAUCAACCUCUCCCACGAGAACGAGCCCGAGAUCUACGACGCAAUCAAGAGGGACGCUCUGCUGGAGAACGUCGUCAUCAAGGACAACGGCGAGCCCGACUACACCGACGUCUCCAAGACCGAGAACACCCGCGUGUCGUACCCCAUCUACCAUAUCGACAACUACGAGCCGUCGGGCAUGGGGGGACACCCCAACAGCGUCAUCUUCCUCACGUGCGACGCCUUCGGCAUCCUUCCCCCCGUGUCGAGACUCAGCGCGGGACAGGCGAUGUACCACUUCCUGAGCGGCUACACGGCUAAGGUGGCGGGCACGGAGCGCGGGGUGACCGAGCCGACGCCUAACUUCUCGGCUGGCUUUGGGGCGGCGUUCCUCACGCUGCACCCAACGAUGUACGCCGACCUGCUCCAGAAGAAGCUGGCAAAGCACGGCACCCAGUGCUACCUGAUCAACACGGGCUGGACCGGGGGCGGGUACGGGGUGGGCAAGCGCAUGUCCAUCAAGGCGACCAGGGCGUGCGUCGACGCGGUCCUGGACGGCAGCAUCGGCAAGACCACCUUUACCCCGGACCCGGUGUUCGGGUUCGAGGUGCCGGCGGAGCUGCCCGGCGUGCCCGCCAAGGUGUUGAACCCCCGCGAGGCGUGGAGCGACAAGAAGGGCUACGACGCCACCAGGACCAAGCUCGCUGGCAUGUUCAAGGACAACUUCACCAAGUUCGUCAAGCCCGGCGUGACUGACUACACGUCCUACGGCCCCAAGUAAAAACCGGAAAGACCACGGGACGGAAGGGGUGUCCCAUCGCCACUCGCUCGAGCUGUUGGCCAUACAGUUUCGAGGAGGGGAGCACGAAAACAGUUUUGUUUGGUGUUGUGCGUAUGGUGCCCGAAUUUGUUUUGGCUUGGCGACGCCAAAAGAGAGCUGCCGUGAUGUGAGUGAAGGGGGAGAGGGGGGGGAGGUUUGGGAGUUUGGCUGGAGUGUGCUGGACCAAGUGCAAGCCAGGAUUGAAAGCCGCCAUGACGAGGGAAAAAUGUUCCCUCGCCAUGUAGGUAUCGCACGUACGUGCGGUGUUGCGACUCUUGCAGAGUGGGUGGUGGGUGGUGCGCAGUAUUUAUCCCCCGAAUGAAUCUCUUUCGACUUCUAUUGAAGGGAGGGGCGGAGGGGGGGAAUAGGGGGGAUAUUAUGUGUUGUUGCUGACAAUGUCGGGGACUGGUUUCCGGAUGAAGGCAGAGGUGUAGGUGAGGGAGUGGCGCAGGGGGAAAUGGGUCCGGAAAGAUUCGCUUGCGUGGUUCCUCGCCAAUGCUUGUGAAAACGCGGAUGCAUGUACGUGUGUAUGUAUGUAUGAGUUGUCGACAUUGGUCACGUUCUUGAAUAGACUGCAUACAUAUACGACAUAUUAGAGACGAGUGGGUGAAACAACAUCCGAUUCCAUGUAGUGGCGGUGUAGAUUACUGCUGCGUCAUUGUUUGUAUCAUGUGGGGUUUGCUGCACAGCUUCAGCGAAUAGCGACAUUUUUGUCCUCUCGUUACAGGCACAUUUAUCGCCGAUUAGGAUUGGGUCAAGGACCACGAGGUUUACGCCAACAGGGUAGCCUAGAAGAGUGUGGGACGCUUUUGGAAGACGAACGGGAGUGAGUUUUUUUGGCAGAAGGAAUAAAGCGCGAGUUAGCUGGGUUUGACUGGUUACAUGUUGAGAUGUGACAUGAACUAUGCGUACUUGCUGUAAAUUGAACACAUCAU